UCUCGUUUCGCCACCAAGAGGAAAGUGUCGACGAAUGACGACGAUGAAGCUCCAGCGAUGGCGGGAUCUAGCCAUCUCAAUGAACCGCUCAUCUCGUACCGCACCGUUUCUCAACCUGCGUUUUCUGCACGAAGGCCCUGACACCGUGGAGGAACUCUUCGAGCGACACACGGCGGCGAAGAAGCAGAAGUCGUCGUCAAUCCUCGACGACGAGGAAGAAGAACUCCUGAACCGGCGGCGGCUCACCAGCACGCGCCGGGAGGCGCUGCACCUGUACAGGGACAUCCUGAGAGCCACGCGAUUCUUCGCGUGGCCGGACGCUCGCGGCGUGCCGUGGAGGGAUGUACUGAGAGAAAACGCGAGGAAGGAAUUCGAGGCGGCUCGGUUCGAGAAGGAUCCCGAGAUCGUGACGCGGCUGCUAAUCAACGGCCGCGAUGCCGUGGAAUCGGCUCUGGAGAAGCUCGCCGAGAAGCAGCGGCAGCAGAUUGAGAAGGAGCGCGGCGGCGGAGAUGGCGGUGGUGGUGGUGGAUACGGCCGGUUCUAAAUUCUCAGUACGGUUCUGAUUCCGGUAAAUUAGAGAGUCUUACUGUCUUUUUUAGGUCUGCAAUUUGUUGUAUUCUUCUCUUUUGGUAUCUCUCUGUAAGCUAUACAUAGGAAUGUGUUCUUUGUGGAGGUGAGUGACUUCUGUAUGCUAAUGGGUUCCAAAGUAACACACAAAGAGCUUCUAGCAUUGCAGAAUUGCUAAUUUGAUUUGCCUGUUUUGAUAUGAUAUUAGUAGCAUCGAAUUGGUGACUCUGGCUGCGGCAUUCAAUGGUAGAUUUGGUGAAUUGUUCAUUCUUCAAUACACCAGGCUAAUCAUGUUGGAUCUCCGCCAUUUUAUUUUGACUGUCUCCAAGAGAUCGAGGAAGAGGAAUGUGGCAAAGAUUUUGGCAACAAUGGUUACUUGGUGACUCAGUUGGCAUUGUGUUUGUGAGAUAAAAAGCCAGAAGACUCAUGGCUUUUGGUAAUAUGUCAAGCCGAAUCCAGACUAAGCUGGUGAGUGAGAAUUGAAGAAGAGUGGUUGUUUCCAUUUAGAAAAUUCUGAUUGUAGAGAACUGCAACUGCUAGUUCGCUACUGACAUUUUUUACAAAGGUCUCUCUCGAGGAUUGCGGUUGCACAAAAGCUGUGCUUAAAUGUCAGUGCCCUGGAGUUGUACUUUGGCAGCUACAGUUGUAGAGAUUGAUGAUAUUGUUCACUCCUAGAGAGAUACUCCAGUUUCCCGCUUGUCUCGUAUGAUGAGCUGUUGAAUUGUGGAAGGGUUUCUGGCAAUGGUGGAAGUCAGGCAGUUGAAGCUAUAUAAGGGAAAUUGCUUAAAGUUGAUGCUUGCAUUUCCUGUUCUGAUCAUGUUGACAGCAGAUCUUCUAGCGAAUGACAUUGGCCUUUAGGGAUCUUCUCAUUUCCUAAGCUGCAGCAUCAUGGACUCUUCUCUGGUUUGGUGGAAGUGCUUUCUUGGAGGGCAGAGCAUUUCUCUGCAAGCAUUUCCUGGUCAGCCUUCUGAAUUCAGACAUUUGAUAGUCUUGUUUCUGUGUUGUUUCGUUCGCGCUGGUCUCUGCGUUCCCAGUUGCCAAGGUGAACAUCAGUGCUGCGACCUGCACGAACGAAGAAUACAUGGUAAGUUAGGAUUUCAGUCAAACCUAUGGGUGAUUUGUGUGGGUUCUGGAGCAGAAAGCCUGGUCCCAUUAGACUAACGUUUGCCCGGAAGAAGCAAUCAUUGCUUUGUUUACUUGCAGAAGGGUUAGUCAUGGCUUUUGGUAAGCAUAACAGACUACUGGUGCCAUUAGUCUAACGUUGGCCCGGAAGAAUCGAAUCGGUGACUGGUAUGCUUACCAUUUUGCAGGUAGCUGUUCUAUGAUCAGGAGGGGACAAGUAGGGCAGCAGUAUCUAACCACUUCUCAUCACUAAUCUCUCAUCAAUUACGUAUUCAGCACUAAAUUUUUUCAUAUAAUCAUUCAUGAUUCAUCCCCCAAAGAUGGAUCUGUCAUUUGUUUAUCUAUAAAGGAGAAGAAGAGAAACACAAUGGCGAGCAAGCUAAGAGAAUAUUCAUGCGAUAGGGUACAUUAAUUAUUGUGACAGAAUUGCCCACUAUUUCAUUAAUUAGUGCCCCGGUAAACUAGUAGGGUAAAUUGAUUAUUCCAACGCAAGUUAGGCAAUUUUUCCCAAUACGAUCAGCUACUAGCUAGCCUCUCAAACUGAGCAAAGGGUUAGGGGAGGGAGGAUCUGGAGUGCUUAGUCAGUUGACUAAGUAGCAAAUGGAACAAACCGCAGGCCUGCACUCUUAAACUUAACACUGACGCAGGGAUGAUAGGCAGAGGAGAAUGGGGACUAGGCUGUGUUUUGAGGGACUGGAAUGUAAGAAUGUUUGUUGCUGCAAACAAAAGAGUUAAAGCUGGAUGUCCACCUGAUGUUGUUGAGGCGAUGGCUAUUCUGUUCGGAUUGCAGAUGAUUACAGGGAUGGAAGGAGAGACGAUAGUGGUGGAAUCAGAUGGCAAGAAAGUGAUAAAGCUGCUGAAUCACGAAGACAGUUGCAGAACGGAACUUGGGAGCGUUUGUAGUAAUAUCAGGGAGAUGGCCACACAGCUGAAUAUCAAAGAAAGGAGGUUUACAUUUAGAGAGUCAAAUAUUGUGGCUCAUCGGAUUGCUCAUUUUUCAUUAGCUUCUGAAGUAGUGACUGUUUGGAGGGAUAGACCACCCGUUGAGAUUGCAGACAUUGUAGCCCUAGAGGCAUCUUUUACUUAAUCUUAAUGCAUCCCACCAUUUGAGCCUAAAAAAAAAAAAAAGUUCCUCGCAGUUUUUAAUCUGAACACACCAAUCUGACGGUUAAAAAAUGAAAAUGACUUUUAAAU